AUGUCUCCCUUGCUCUCGAACAUAACGGACUACAGCCUGUCCGAUGGAAGACCCGAGAAUGGUGCGCAGUCAGCGGCAUUAGCCAACCUCCUGAGCGCUGAUCCAAAAGAUUUUCACUUGCCCACCGAAAUCCUGCUCUCCAUGUACGGACAUGAGUACUUCAGUUCCCACCGGAUUCUGUGGGUACGAAACUGUCUCAUGGUGCUAUACUGCAUCUUCUCCGCGUUCGGCGUCCUGAUGAAUGUCUGCGUGGUUUCUCUGCUGAUGGCCUGGCAUCAAAAGGCCCUGCGCAAUAUCACCAACACCUUCGUGCUGGCGCUAGCCAGCUCCGAUAUUGUCAUGAGCGGCUUCAACAUGCCGAUGCAGACCUUCUACGAGCUGAUGGAGACCGUCCAGUUCUCGGAAGUCAGCUGCCGCAUCAUCUUCUCCAGCUUCGGCCUACCCAUGCACAUCUCCUGCCUAGUCAUACUUGUCAUCGGUAUUGAUCGCUACUGGAUCAUUAUCUAUCCCCUAAGGCGACGAAUGACACGGCUGACGGCAGCUGGGAUGCUUCUGCUCAUCGUGACAAUCAGCCUGAUCAGCGUCAUCCCUAUCGCUGUCUUCAGCACCUCCAGCCCUGCUGGCGCUCCCAUGUCCGCCAACGGUACGCAGUAUCGCUACUGUGUCGAGUACUGGCCUUCGCCCGAAGUUCGUCUUCUCUACAGCAUCGUGACCUUCCUUGUGCAGUUUCUGCUGCCCCUGGUUCUGACUGCCAUCCUCUAUGGUCGCAUCUACAUGCGCCUGCAUGAACGGCGAUUUCGCAAACGUGACCUUGAACGCAAAAAACGCACCAAUAAGAUCCUAGUGGGUAUUGUAGUCUGCUUUUUUGUCUGCUGGACACCCUGGACUGUCUUCUCACUGACGCUGGAGGUGCACACCUAUUGGACGCAAAAAGACUUCCACAGUAACAACAACAACAAUGGAUCCCUCCAACAGGAAGUGCGGGAGGCACCCGCGGCCAUCAACACUGCCCACCUACAGAAGCUGCUUCUCUCCUGUUUGCAAGGACUGCAGAAACAACAGCAAAAUGGCGGAGUGGAGGCUGGAGCGGCAGCUGCUUGUCCAGACUACAACAUCAGCGUCCUGGCCCCCGACUCCCUUCUGCUCUUCGGUCGGCAUACAAAGCUGAUUGACCUUUUACUCAAACUCCUAGCCAUGUGCUCCAGCUGUCUAAACCCCUGUCUCUAUGGUUGCAUGACAGAGACCAUGCGUAUGAUCAUGAAGAAGACGGUGCGACGAAUGCACAGUUUUCAAAAUUGGAUAUCCAAGCUGCACGGCAGUUUGCCGUCUAGCAGUGCUAGCAAGCACGAUCACCACCGUCAGAAGGUGGGUCUCUUC